AUGUUACUAAUAUUCAAUAAUAAUUAUAGUCAUUUAUCAAAACGAGAUCCUCCUAUUACAACUGAUGCACCAUCUAGUGAAUCUUAUAGUCUUCGUACAAUAUUAUUAGGAUUCUUAAGUGUACUCGCAUUACUCAUAUUAUUAUCAAUAAUAUUUUUUAUUCUAUUCAAAAGAAGAAGAAGAAGACAACUUCACCGGAUUCAUGCUCACAACGAUCCAAAACUCAAGCCAUUACAACUAGCACCAAUAGUUGACGACGAUCAUCAUCAAGAUAGCAAUUUCCUUGGUUAUAAAAUUGAUACUAGAAGAUUAAGUCAUCCUACAGUUUUAGUCAGUAAACCGUCUGGUAGUAAAGAAAAAGAAGAAACAGAAUCAGACGAUCAAAGAUCAAACAGAACCAAAGGUCUUCGACCAUUAUCCUUAUCUGCAUCAUUUUCUGUAACUAAUCCAUUUGCUUAUACACCAGCCUCUUUAUAUAAAUUUGUGGACCCUAAGGACUUAUCGUAUUUAUAUAAUAUUGGCGGUUUGGAUGGUUUGCUAUUAGGUUUGCAUACUAAUGAAAAAUCAGGUUUAGUAGAUAUCAAAGAAAAUCUCAAAGAAAGAGAUUCAUUGAAUCCCAUAACUUUAGAAGAAAUUUUAAAAGAACAACAAAAAGAAUCACCAGCAAAUGAUGAAGAGAAAGAAAAAAAUGAAUCCCAUAAUCUUUAUCAACUUAAUCAUAAUUUUGAUGUUAGCGAAGAUUCUCCAUUUUAUGAACGAAUUAGAAUUUUUGGUAAAAAUGUUUUACCCGAAAAAAAAGCUAAGACGAUAUUUGAGCUGAUGUGGAUGGCUAUGAAGGAACAAAUUCUAAUUAUUUUAACGAUCGCUGCUGUUGUCUCUUUAGGUCUCGGAAUUUAUGAGGAUUAUGGCCCUCAAAACCCUAGUCCAGACGAGCCAAAAAUAAAAUGGGUUGAAGGUGUAGCCAUAAUCGUAGCUAUAAUAAUCGUUGUUUUAGUUGGCAGUUUGAAUGAUUGGCAGAAGGAACGUCAAUUUAGAAAAUUAAAUGCAAAAAAAGAGGAUCGUAAUGUGAAAGUCACUAGGAAUGGUAAAGAAAUGUUGUUAUCUGUGUAUGAAGUCUUGGUCGGUGAUAUUCUUCAUUUAGAGCCCGGUGAUAUAAUUGCCGUGGAUGGCGUGUUGAUAUCUUCUCAAAAUCUUCGUUGUGAUGAAUCUGCAGCUACCGGCGAGACCAAAAAAAAUUUAAAACAUAUUAAAUUUGAUCCUUUUGUUAUAAGUGGAAGUAAAGUUUUAGAAGGCGUUGGUAAAUACGUUGUUACUGGUGUCGGUAUUUAUUCUUUUAAUGGGAGAACAUUGAUGGCAUUGAGAAAAGACCCAGAAAAUACACCACUUCAAGAUAAAUUGAAUGAUUUAGCUGAAAAAAUAGCAAAACUUGGCGGAACUGCUGCAAUCAUUAUGUUAUUAACUUUAUUAAUAAAAUAUUUUGCCACGUUUCAUCCAAGCGAUGGUGCAGCUGCAAUAAUCGAAAAUUUGGUCACAAUAAUUAUUUCAACAGUUACUGUUGUUGUUGUUGCUAUUCCCGAAGGUCUUCCUUUAGCUGUUACACUUGCACUUGCAUACGCUACUACUCGUAUGUUAAAGGAUAAUAAUCUCGUAAGAGUCUUAUCAGCAUGUGAAACAAUGGGUAAUGCAACAACAAUAUGUUCCGAUAAAACUGGUACUUUGACACAGAAUAAAAUGACUGUAGUCACUGGAAUACUAGGGUCUUCAGUAGAGUUUCAAAGACAAGGUUAUAAAAAAAACGAAUCGCUAUUGAAGGACCCAAAAUCAAUUGAAAAUUUACGAGAAUCUUUACCAACUGAAAUUUUGGAAUUAUUAGACGAAUCUAUUUCGGUAAAUUCUACCGCAUUUCAGGGUGAUGAGUUAGUUAAUGGAAGAAAUGCUUUUGUUGGUUCAAAAACUGAAACUGCUUUAUUAGAUUUUUUGUUGGAUUUAGGACUUGAUGAUUUUAAUGAUUUAAGAUCACAAGCUAAUGUUGUACAAUUGUUUCCUUUCAGUUCUGAACGUAAAGCAAUGGGUAUUUUGAUUAAAAAAGAAGACAAAUGGAGAUUUCACAUUAAAGGUGCUAGUGAGGUAUUGUUAAGUAAAUCAGUAUCGGUAGUAGAUAUUGCUACUGGUGAUGUGAUUGAUUUAAAUAAUAUAAAUAUAAACAAUAAUAAUGGUAGUGGUGACACUAGUAGCAGCAGCAGUUAUAAUAUGAGACAACUUGAACAACUUAUCGAGUCUUUUGCCAAUGAUAGUCUUAGAACAAUCACUGUUGCUUAUAGAGAUUUUGAACAAUGGCCUCCAAAGGAUGUUACUGCUGUAAGCGAAGAUGGUGAAGUAAAAUAUGAAUAUUUGGCUGAGAAACUUACUUUGAUUGCUAUAGUCGGUAUUGAAGAUCCGUUAAGAGAUGGUGUAAAAGAAGCCGUAGCAGAUUGUAAAAGAGCUGGCGUUUAUGUACGUAUGGUAACGGGUGAUAAUGUGUCGACAGCUAGAUCCAUUGCAAUUCAAUGCGGUAUUUUUACUCCUGAUAAUAAGGAUAAAGAUCAGACUAACCCUCAUGAUAAAGAUUAUAAUGGUGGUAUAAUCAUGGAAGGACCUGAUUUUCGCAAACUUUCAUCAGAUAAAAUGCAAAGAAUUAUACCGAGAUUACAAGUUCUUGCUAGAUCAAGUCCAGAAGAUAAAAGAAUUUUGGUGGGUAAACUUAGAGAAUUAGGUGAAAUAGUGGCAGUUACUGGUGACGGGACUAAUGAUGGUCCAGCACUUAAAACAGCAGAUGUUGGAUUUUCAAUGGGUAUUGCUGGUACUGAGGUGGCAAAAGAAGCUUCUUCAAUCAUCUUAAUGGAUGACAACUUUUCAAGUCUUGUCAAAGCUAUAAUGUGGGGAAGAUGUGUAAAUGAUUCGGUUAAAAAAUUCCUACAAUUUCAAUUGACAGUCAAUGUCACCGCUGUAUUGUUGACAUUUAUAUCGGCUGUAUCAAGUAACGAAGAAAAAGCUGUUCUUAGCGCUGUCCAGCUAUUAUGGGUAAAUCUUAUUAUGGAUACGUUGGCUGCAUUAGCAUUGGCAACUGAUCCACCAACAAAAGCAUUAUUGAACAGGAAUCCUGAACCAAGAAAUUCACCUUUAAUAAAUUUUAGACAAAUUAUCAUAGUUACGUUUGGUGGUGCUGCGUUUCAAACAGCACCACUAAAUAUUAUACAAUGGUUAAUUUGUAUUGGAUUGGGAUUUUUAUCAAUACCAAUAGGUUUUAUAAUAAGAUUGAUUCCAGAUGAAUUUUUAAAGAAAAAUAUAAUUAAACCUCUAACACCAAAACUAUUAAUCAAAAUGAUUCUUAGUAGAAGUGCUAGUGCUAGUACUAGCAACAGAACAACAUCUUCUUCCACUACAAGAAAGUCAUCAUCAAUGAAACCAUUAACAAACUCAGAUUAUUCAAGUAAUACUGUUGCUGGUGGUGAUAAUGAAGGUACAUUUGAAGAACAAGAAGAAGUUAAUAAUGCAUUUAAGAAAGUUGAAAGCCAAUUGAAAGUUUUUAAAACAUUGAGGGGUGGGAGAUUUAAAGCACAUUUUGGUGGUAAUGGUGUUGAUAAUAAGCAAGAAAAAAGAUCGGAGGGCUUUCAUGCUGCUGCAAUGUUACCCAGUUUAAUGAGUGUUUCAAUUGUUGGUGUUGGUAAAGCAUCUACAUCAUCAAACAAUAAUAGCCUAGGGAGAAAAUUUAGAAGAAAUAAAAAUGGCA